CCAUUUUCCCAUAGCGUCCAACAGAGUCGGUUCGGCAACACUGCGCACGUAAACCACAACAGAACCAGGCAUCGUGAAGAGUUGUACCGCUUGGGGGUUAGAAUUCUUACAGUUUUACAGCUUUUUCAAAGCCGAAAUCAACACAGCAAGCUCUAUAUUCCGUCCCUCACUAUGACGUUCCCUACUGAUUGGGAUGUUGACAAGUAUCGUGUUGAGCAUGAAUGCGAAGAGCACUGGGAAUUACGGCGGAGAUUUUUAGUCACACACAAGGACAAAUAUCCAGAAGAUAGGCUUGUUUGCCUAGCACAAGUAUUUUACAAUGUGGAGUUUAUGGGCUGCAGGUAUCCAGAAAAAACAAUGCGGCUAGUUGCUCAGCUGUCUGAUGGGGUUGCUGAUGAACAUCGUGAAAAAAUGAAGACUAAGCUACAACGUACCUUUGUGCAAGCUUCAGAUGCUGCAAGCACAAAGGUUAAAGGACGCAGUAAAAAAGAAGAUACAGUACCAGCUCAGCCCAAAAAAAUAAUGUUCCAAAAGGCCACUGAAGAAAACUCUGAAAGCAUGCAUACUGAAGAAAAUCAAGUCGAAGUCAAUCAACCUGAGGAAAACCCAUCUGAGGAAAACCCAUCUGAACAAAACUCCCCUGAAGAAAACAAUGAUGCCCCCGCAUCUAAAGGUCCCAAAAAGAAGAGAAAUAAGAAAAAGAAAAAGAAGCCUGCAAUAAACACAUCAGAACCCUCCACAACAAACAGCAUUCCAGGUAAAUUUGUCCUUGCUAAUCAAGCUCGCUCUGAAGGUCACAACCCUAGGAACAAGAGAGGUGGAAAUGAUUCUGAUCAAGGCCCACCAAAGAAAAUACGGCGACUGGAGGAACUAUCCUCAAAAUUGGUCUUAAUGCAAGGAGGGGCUGAAAAAGCUUAUUCCAUUUUAACUCGAUCAGCUUCAACCUCUCGGAUGACUUUGCAACAGGACAUCAACAAAUCUUCAUCUGGAAUGGAAGUCACUUUAUCUAUUAAUGGUCUCCUAUUGUCUAAGGCAACUGGACCAACUUUGGCUGAAACUAAAGAUCAAUGUGCUCAGGAGGGCUUAGCCAAACUUCAAAACUUGUGCUACACUUUAAUUGUCAAAGACCGAUUGGCUGGCUCAGUAGUUGAUAAAACUGAUGUGUCUGAUGCUAAGCAGGAUCAAGACCCUAAAGACGUUCCUGAUCAUCUUUCUGAGGACAGCAAAGUUAAUAGAAUGAUGAAACUAAUGGGGUGGGGAGGCGGCGGUCUGGGUAAAAAGGAACAAGGCCGAGAAGAACCUGUUCAGGUUGUUCAACAUGUGAAGAGAGCUGGACUCGGGAAGCAACUUGGAAGUAAUGAAUUUAGGAAAAAUAUUACUGAUACACUUCAAAAGUUCAAAAGAAGUAAUGCAACCCAUGACUUGGUGUUUGCCUCAGAUUUCUCUAAAGAAGAGCGAUCAUUAAUUCAUAGUGUUGCAGCCAAGUUUGGCCUUAAGAGUGUAAGCUAUGGAAAAGAUGAUAACCGGCAACUUGUAGUGAGUGUGAAAAAAAGGCCAUUGGAUAUUGUCUCUGAAGUUCAAAGAGCAGGAGGAAGUACUGACAAGUACGAUUUAAUACCACCACGUAAUGUUUCAAUCUCAUAGGUUUGUACCUCUUCAGACAAUUUCCAGAAGGUGUUGGGAUGACUGGUAAUACCCUCACAAUUUGCUGUAAGAGUUCUCUGCCAUUUGGAUCGCCAACAAGAAAUUGUCUACCAGCAGGAGCUGCAGCCAUAUUCGUGACUAUACCUCCCAUGGCCAUUAUAAACUGGCUUUCAUCUGAAGAUUGGCCUGGCAUCUCCGUGUUAAAUGUUUCGAGGAAUGAUUCCAGUGUGCCGCUAACAAUGCAUAGAAAAUCAGUCGCCUUGUUCUGUUUAAAUUAUAAUUCAGAAAGUAAAUUAACCAUCACAUUUUAAAAAACUUAAUUAGUUCAUGCCUUUGAUGUUAAAAUGUUUCUCUGCUUUUUAAAUUGAAAAGCAAUUCUUGUUUUAUUUUUCUUUGAUUUUAUUUUUUGCCCCAAUUGAAAAUUUACAAUACAAAUAGUACUGUAUCUCUU